AUGCACGCUGCCAGCCUCUUCGGCACGGCCGUGUCCAACGCCACGCAAUUGGACAUUCUAGACCAUCUCGGCGAGUUCGCUCAGGCCAUCUGGACGGCAGCGGCGAGGCUUCUGGGCGGGCAAGAUCGGGUGGUGGCGUAUUUUUUGCAGAGGGCGGUGGAGAUCGCGACGCAGUUGAAGGAGAAUGGGCGGCCGCAGCGGUUGGUGGAUGUUUGCUUGACUAAGGCGGGGGACGACCAGAUGGAUAGGGAAGGGGGCAUGGGAAGUUGA